GCACCUUGUUCGAAGUAACAGUGCCCACCAUGACAAACACCGAAUGCAAUACCAAGUACGGAGGAAGCAUCACUGACAACAUGAUCUGCGCAGGCAUUCCUGAGGGAGGCAAGGACUCCUGCCAGGGAGACUCUGGUGGACCAAUGGUGGUGGAAGAAAACGGCAAGUGGAAGCUGGUGGGAGUUGUGUCGUGGGGUUAUGGCUGUGCUCGACCUGAUAGGCCCGGAGUCUAUGCCAGAGUUACACAAUAUUUGCAAUGGAUUUCUGACACAACAACCGGAGUCUGUGUCGAUGGGAACGCACCUGCUCCGACAAAUGCCCCGACGCCUGCCCUACUACUGCUGCCCCUACUUCUGACUGCCCUGGAUGUGGACAAGUCAACCGUGCCAACCGCAUUGUUGGUGGAGUAG